UCAGGAAUAUAGCAUCACAAAUAAAUUAUUUACGUUGUAAAAUUUAGCACAUCGAUUUGGACGCAAAGAAAAAUAAACGCGAGGAGCACGGAAGAAAUCGUUGACCGAAAAAGUAACUCUCGGGUGACGAACGGUCGGUUUUAAAUCAAUUACAUCUUCGGAUAUCGAUGUUCCUCCUUAACUAGGUCAAUCGUUUACGUGAAGCGGAUUGUAUCAUCAUGGUUGAACAACCUUGAAUUAAUUCUCUUUCCGAAAAUAUAGUCUUCAUAUAUAUCCUCGCAAAAAAAAAGUCUAUAACGAAGAGUCUGCCGUGGCAGAGGCUAAUAUUAACUCCUUGUCGUUCAAACUGUCUCUCAUGAAUGAGUAAAAAUCAAGUAGUUCAUUUUCAAUUUAAUCUAGUACGAACGUUAUCAAAUAUAGUAAAUAAUUAUACUGUGUAAUUGGCGAUACUCUUCUUUCAGGGUUGUUCCAAUCUUUAAAUAUCAAAGAAAAAAAAACAAUAGAUGCCUGAUUAUCUGACACAAACGUUCGAAGUAAGAAGCAAUAUGCAUAUUCGACAGAUUUUUUUACAGCAUUUUACGCAAUAGUAUCGUAAAUUAAACAUAGGUAUAAAUUUAGGUUGGAAGAUGCUCGCACAUUGAUGAUACGUGGCGCGUUUCCUUAAUACAAAUACAUGGCGCGUACUGUCUAAUCGUUACUAAUUAGCUCUCUCUAGGACGUCGUUAAGUCGAUGAUGAACAGUCUCGUUCUCAUCACGACGCAACUGACGCGUCCUACGAGCUACGAAUUAAGAGCAGCUCCGGCAGUUGCGUGUCUACGCGCGAUGGACGAAGUGUUCCAUCAUCAAUUCGCGACGGAAUGUAUCUACUUUGGAGCUAGAGCUAAUAGAGAAUGUAAUGAGGCAAAGUUAAGUGAUGUCGCAACCUCUUAAAAUAUUCUGCGGAUAUUUUACGAGCGCUGCUAAAAGGUCAAUCUUAACGAGUAAUUUUGACGAGAGCCGUCGCACUAUUCUGACGACGAGAACGCACAUUAAUAUCCCAUGCUAUUUGUCUCAUUCGAAAGAGAGUAUCGCGUUAACGCUGUCGUAACGCACGCAUAGCUUACUGCGGAAUAUUUGUUAAAGAAUUACCGAGGCAAUUAUCAUAAUGAAUCUACGAUUAGUCACUCCAGCGACCUUCGCUUCGCGCGUACUCGCCGAUAUUUUAUGCCGCGCAUAAAUUUACGGCGAACUAUAAUAAGGGGAAAAAAAAGAAAAGAAACAACGCAGUAGAUCCCAAGGAUCGUUGCAAAACAACAUCCGCUACAGGCGGUCACGAAGACACGCGCAGGGAGAAUCGAUGAGGAGACGCAUCAUCCGCUCGUUUUUCGCAGUGAAAAUGGCAGAGGAAGGCGCGGGUGGAUCGGGAAACGGGAGCAGCGGCGAGACGAGCCGUUUGCAGCUUCUCCAGGAGAUGCGACAGCAGAACUUCGACACCAUACGAUUCGCGUCGUACCGCACCGCCUGCAAGCUAAGAUUCAUACAGAAGAAAGUGCACCUGCACAACGUCGAUAUAUGGAACGUGAUUGAGGCAUUUCGAGAGAACGGUCUGAACACGUUGGAGCCGUCGAGCACCUUAGGAGUAUCCAGACUUGAAACACUACUGUCUUCCUUGUUUCACGCGCUGAACAAGAGAGUGCCGGUGUCGCAACAGGCCAAAGUUGACGCUACCACGGCGUUGCUAAUGAACUGGUUGCUGGCUGCUUACACCAGCGGGGAGAACAAUAAGAUAUCCGUGUUCUCGGUAAAGGUGGCCCUGGCGACGUUAUGCGCGGGAAAGCUCAUGGACAAAUUUCGAUAUAUAUACUCGCAAAUAUCCGACAGCAACGGGCACAUGAUACACUGGAGGUUCGCCGAUUAUCUGAAAGAAGUUCUAGCUUUAACCGCGGCGGUCUACGAGUCCCCGUCGUUCGGAUAUUCCGACGGUCUCGCUAACUCCAUUUUUCCCCCGAAUUCCAAAGUCACUGUAAACGACUUCCUGGACACGCUCAUGUCGGAUCCUGGACCGCAUUGCUUAAUCUGGUUGCCGUUGUAUCACAGAAUGGCGGCCGUGGAAACAGUUGCCCAUCCUAUUAUGUGCGACGCGUGUCACAGGGAGAACUUCACCGGGUUCCGAUACAGAUGUCAGAAGUGCCAUUCGUACCAGCUAUGUCAAGACUGUUUCUGGCGCGGUAAAGUUUCAGGGACGCACAAUAAUGACCACGAAACAAGAGAGUACAGCAGCUUCAAAUCACCAAGCAAGCAGAUUGGCCAUUCCCUGCGAAAAAGCUUUAGAUGCGUCCCCGAGAAGGGGAAGAACAGUCUACCGCGAUUCCCGGAACAACCCGAGAAGACGCUAGAUCUGUCGCAUAUAGUCCCACCGUCACCUUUACCAUCUCACAACGGUUUUCCAGAUCCGGGAUUUAUGGCCCCCUUUGAUUCAGGAUCGGUGGAUAGUCGUUCGACUCUGAGAAGUAUGGACAGUUCAAGACUGGACGAUGAACAUAAAUUAAUAGCACGAUAUGCACAAAGGUUGGCACAAGAAGCUAGGACCAUGCCUCGUACCGCGUCCAGAAUGUCCCAGGCAGAUCAAGCAGGUCGAGCACCAUCGGAUAUGAACCUGGCAUCGUUAGAUGCGUCGCGGGCGCAGCGCGAGCUUAUAUCGCAGUUGGAGGCAAAGAACAAGGAAAUAAUGCGCGAGAUAGCAAGGUUAAGAAGGCAACAGGAGAUAGAAGCCGCGGGUUUGGAAAAUCCGGCGUUAAUGUCAGAAUUGCGAGCUUUGAGGCAAAGAAAGGAUGAACUGGAGACGCAUUUGGCGACGUUACAAGAUUCUAGGAGGCAAUUAAUGGUACAGCUGGAGGGUUUAAUGAAAAUGCUAAAGAAUCAUCAAGCAUCACCACGAUCAACACCAAACAGUUCACCACGAAGUACGAAGUCGCCGCCCUUGCCACCCGGUGUCAUACCGAGCAGCAGGUCGGCACCGCCGACUCCCGGCGGGCCCUUGUCUACGACACCUCAACAGCAGCAGCAGCAGCAGCAACAACAGCAAAUGCAGCAACAAAUGCAACAACAAAUGUCUCAGAGCUAUCAAAAUCCCGUACCGACAACGACAGUGGCUAACGUGCAAGGCAACGCUAUGCUCGGCACGAUACAGAAUCCCAUUCCAGAUAGCUUAUCGUGCGUUGGCGGCGAUGUAAGGUCUGCGUUCAGGACAAACAGCUUACCAGGGAGCGGUUCCAGCAGUGCCAAUAAUAGUUUGGGCCGAUCCUUAAGAAACGACUUACUGGUAGCUGCCGACAGCGUUACUAAUGCCAUGUCAACGCUUGUGAGGGAAUUAAAUUCAGACUCAGACCAGGAGGACCAUUCUCACAACUCGGGGCUAAUGAACAUCAGAAAACCGCUAGACUUUGAAGCCGGAGAGGAUGGAGACGAUAGCAGCGGCGGUGGGAAUUCCUGGCGAGAGGAGCUGCAACGGCGUUAUCAGCAGGAGAAUGACUUUUUGGCGGAAUUGCGAUCUCGUAACAGUAUACCGCAAACACCGUCGGCCACGCUGUCCAACGAGCAGGAGCAGGAGAGAGGCGAGAGAGAAGAGGCGGACGGUGAAAAGGAAGACGAAGAUGAAGCCAACUGGGCGGAAGCGGUGAAAAGAUGGGUCAAUCGAUAAGUUGAUCCAGCAAGGAGUACUGGGCGUUAGGUGUUUAAGAUACAAGUUUGAGGAAUCCGAUGAAGAGAAGACGUGACAGCGAUCGAACCACAUACACGUACACGCUGUGGACUAAUACUUCGAUAUUAGUAUACAAUGUAAUCUUAGGAAGAAUUGAAUGUCGUGCGAUUAUGAAAACCUAUGCAUUUUGUAAGGCGGUACUUGCGGUCGAAAAACGACGCGAAAAUCGACGAACAAAUCGUACGGAAGUCAUGAAGAUUUUCACGUGUACGAAACACAAGUACCGUAAUUCAUUCGUAGAAUGGCAUUUGUAUCGUGAGCAUACAAUGAUUUUGCUACUCCAUUUAUUUGCAAUUUGUGAUGUAAUAAGACUUUCCGAGUUUGUUAAAUAUACACCCAUACAUAUAUAUAUAUAUAUAUAUAUAUAUAUAUAUAUAUAUACGACUCGAAAAUAAGCAUUUUGCGUUUUAUUACAUUUUUUAUUUAUUGUUAUAAUUGUUACCACCAUUUGUAAUUACUAUUAAGCGAAUGAAAUGCGAUACACAAGAGUACUGCAUGUAUCUUGUAAUUCCAUUGCUUUAAAGCUACUAUAAUUUUAAGGGAAUAUAUAUGUACAUAUUAACUGACGAAAUGGUUUUGUCAUCUCGCAAUAUUACUCAUUCACGCAGACAUUUAUAUUAUAAAUCAUACGAAAAAUUUUGCACACGUUACCAUACCAUUGACCAAGCCCGAAAUAAUUAACUUGUAACAGUAAGGUGAUUGCAAUUAAAUCAAUUUUUUAAUAAAUUACGAGUUUAGCGGAAACUUGGUUUGGAGAGCCAAAGUGUGUUUUUGUACAUUCGUACCGGCGCUUGACGUACAAUAAACGCUAUUAAAUAAAAAAGUAAUGAUAUAUAAACGAGUAAAAAAAUAUUGACGCAUUAGAUGACGCUUCAAGUGCUUUGAAUUCGCAUUUACAAUUGCAGAGUAAAAAGAGUAGAGGAAAAACGAAACUAGUCUUACGUACAAAAUACUCGUUUUUUUUUUUCAGUUCCUAGGAUAUAAGAGAGUAUUCCAAUUAAUAAUCCAAUUGUUAAAACAUGACUGCUACUGAUAAGAACCAAUGCGUUUUGUAACAUUUAAAUGGCAUACCCUGUCCGCGAAUCCUGUGUAUAUAUACAUAUUUGACGUCAGAAUUCCUUUUGUCUAUCUCUUUACGUAUGAAAAUGAUGUAGCGCCUAUGAAAACUGAAUAAAAGUUUAUAGAUAGACAUCAAAAUGGUUGUUUAUUUUAUAAUGGUUAUUAUACAAUGUUUAUUUUACUAAUUUAACACUCGGAUAAUAAUCUUUUAUUCUAAUAAACUCAUUCAUAAUCUGACUCUAUCAUAAUUGUUUUAUAUUAUCUCUUUUUAUUUUGUUGUCUUGUAUCCUGGAAAUAUUUUUGGCAUAUUUUUGACAUAAUAAAUUAAAUCUAAAUUAAUAAAAAGACAUGUAC